AUGUCUGCCAAGCCAGAUUCAGAGCAGCCUCUACAACAUGCAGAUCCACCAGAAAAUAAGGCUGUUACAGAAAUUACAGAAGGUGAUUCAAAAACACCAGACAGUCUAUACAAAUCUUUACAAGACUUCACCCUCUUUAUCAGAGUUCUAAUGCCUGGUACACUAUCCACUAUUGAGCUUGAAUAUAUGAAUCUUGAUGAUUUACUCUUGAUAGAUCUUGGCAGCUUGCCAUCUUCAGAUAAAACAGAUGACAAUGACAAGAAAAAUAAGAUACCAGAAGAUGGAACAGAAAAUAGUAACAAGAAAAUUAAGAAAUCAGAUACUAAUAGUUGGAAGUGUAAAACUCUGCUUUAUAUACAGCCUCUGCAUAGCAUCAAGAGAUCAAGAGUUUCUGAGAAUUCAUGA